AUGCUUACAGCAAUGGCGGAGCGAUGGCAUCCCGAAACCCAUAUGUUCCACCUUCCAGAGGGUGAAAUGACGAUCACCCUCAAAGACGUGGCGAUCCUCACCGGGCUGCCGAUUUCUAGAGAUGCCAUCAUUGGUUCCACUACCAAACCCAAAGGAGGUAGGGGGCCGCUCAUUCGUGAUCGUUUGGGCUUUGACAUGCCGACCACCACACCAAUUCAAGGACGGGGGCAUCCACCGUUGAAUGCGGGACAAGUGUCGGUCCCGUGGCUGGUAACUCACAUCCAGGCUGAGGUGGAAAUCAAUGACGAGACUCCGGAAGAACAAGUGGAGCGCUAUGCCCGCAUCUACCUCAUUGGUUUGGUGGGUGGAUUUCUGUUCCUUGACAAGUCAAACCGAUGGAUUCAAGGCAUAUGGUUGCCAUUGUUCAAUGGUGACUGGGACGCAAUCGGGGAAAAGAGUUGGGGAUCGGCCGUGAUAGUGGGCGUAUACCGGGAGCUGUGUACUUGCUCGAAGGUGGGAGCAAAGCAAGCUGGUGCUGCGAUGUUCAUCCUACAGCUGUGA